ACAUUCUUUUUAUUGCUGUGGGUUGUCUAUCUGCAACUUGGCAUUGACUUUAUUGAUAUCAUGUUUCAUUAGUUUAUGAACAUUCUCAAGUGUAGCUUAGAGUUGCCCAUUAUUGGGAACUCAAGCUGUUGUUUCGGUUUUUAUACUUUGGACUGUAACAACACUAUUCAUGGACUCCGCUUACGACAAGGUAGGAGCUUGUCGAGUUUAUGCAAAAAUAUUUUGAGCAAGUCCCUGUCGAGAAAGGAAAACAAACUUUUGUUGAGAAUUUUACGGAAAAAAUUUAUAAGGAUAACACAAGGUCCAUUUCUUUAUCCAAACUGUUGCAUGGAAGAAUCCUGUGAACAGGGGACUUACUCAACAGUCGUUACUUGUGAAAAGAAAGAAGUUUUUGAUUCGUUAGAAGCAUCGAUGCGAGACAAAAGUUGUUCCAAGUCACCGCAGCGAUCAACUCUCCAAGAUAGAAAUCUCAGGAGAGAGAAUAGUUGUGGACAACAAGUAGUGGUUUCUGACAAAAGUAUAUUUCAAGAUUUCGAUAUCCUUGAAUUAUUGAAUAGAAGAAAUUCUACAUUUUCUUUGAAGGCUAUAUCUCUCUCAGAGAAACUGGUAGUAGUUCUAGCUGACUUAAUAUCCGACUACUUGGUAUUGGACAUGUUGUGUAGAAUAAGGAGCCUUGAACAAGCCGCGGAAUUCACACUAGGUGCACUUGUUGCUUAUUUUUUGGCAGAUUUGUUCUCGGGUUUAUACAACUGGUUAUCUGCGAAUUAUCUUUCAGACUCAUUUCGAUGGUCUCGAAAUGCUUUGAGAUAUUAUCAGUGGCAUGUUGAACGACCUGAGGAAAUUGUGCAAAUGAAUUUUUUCGACAACGUAUAUUCACAUUGCUUGAUAAUUGUUCCCUUUUUGUUACUAACCGCUUACUUGAGGAGUCGUUUGUCGCUCUUUGUCGAGUCUGUUUUGGUGUUUUUGCUGGCUUGUAUUGCAAUAUGGCCGGAAUUGCACAAAUGGAGUCAUAUGGAAGAUUCUAAUAAGUCACCUCCAGUAAUUGUAAGAACUUUACAACAGCUAGGAGUAAUUUUAAAUGCAAAGGAUCACAAAGGGCAUCAUAAGAAUCAACUUUUUUAUCACAUGAAAGCUAACGGUCGAUGGCUUUCUCGUGCCAAAUUUUAUAUUGCUAGUGCAUCGUAUUCUACUAAAGUUAGAACAUCUUAUUUAUCAGUUAACUGGAGUUGAACCUCGGAUAUGGUCUCAAGACCC